UGGUGACAACAAGCUCUGCCAUUCUGUCCGCUAAGCUAACGCUAGCACGUUUAGCUAGUAAUUAAAAAGGCGUACUAACAAACCCACCGGGAGCUUGACUUUAUUAUUUGUAGAUAGCCGGGUGCCCCUGUCAUCAGCACGUAUUGUUAAAGGUUUAUUUGCAGGUUGUAUUGCUUGUUAGUCGAGGUUAAAGAGCAAAGCUAGUUAGCAAAACGUUAGCUUCGGCUAAUCCAGACCAGAAGCUAGAGAUGAGUGAACAGCUGAAGUUCAUCGUGGAGCAGCUCAACAAGGACCCGUUCAAGAGAAGCUUUAACCUCAUCACCUUUGACUCCCUUGAACCAAUGCAGCUGCUGCAGGUUUUAAACGACGUGCUGGCUGAAAUAGACCCAAAGCAAGCUCUAGAUAUCCGUGAAGAACUGCCAGAACAAACCAUCAAGAGAAUGUGUGCUCUGCUGGGGAUGCUCAAAUACAAACCUCCUGGAAACCUCUCUGAUGUGAGCAUCUUUAGACAAGGCUUGGUGGCCGGCAGAAAGCCUGUGGUCCACCCCAUCCUCUACUGGCUGCUACAGAGGGUCCCCGAACUGAAGAAAAGGGCUUAUUUGGCUCGCUUUCUAGUCAAAUUGGAGGUGCCUGAAGAGUUUCUGCAGGAUGAUGUUAUCAAUGACACCGCUCACCAGUAUGAAGAGCUGGUGGAAGGUUUUAAGACGUAUCACAAGGAGUGUGAGCUGCUGAGGACUUCAGGCUUCUCCACAGCAGAAAUCAGAAGGGACAUCAGUGCGAUGGAGGAAGAGAAAGACCAACUAAUCAAACGUGUGGAGAGGCUGAAGAAGAGGGUGGAGUCAGUGUCCAACCAUCAACGGAUGCUGGAACAGGCCAGACAGCUGCGAGUGGAGAAGGAGAGAGAGGAGUCACUGACUCACCAGAAGCAAGAACAGAAGAACCAACUGUUCCAGGCAGAGCAGAGACUGCAGAGAUCGCAGCAGCAGUUGAAGGAUUUGCGACAGGCAGCUGCAGAUGCCAAUCCAGAGAGCUUAAUGAAGAGGCUUGAAGAGGAGAUCAAGAUCAACUCUUAUAUGGUCUCUGAGAAACUCCCCAAAGAGCUGGAGGGUAUGAGGCGUACGGUGCAGUACCUGCAGAAAGUAGCGUCAGAGCCCGCCAUGGGCCAGGCCGACCUCCAGGAGCUGGAGGACAAGAUUAAAGACGUUGACUCACAGAUCAACCAGCUGAUUGAGAAGAGGAUGAUGAGAAAUGACCCCAUGGAUGACAAACUGACCCUUUACAGACAACAGGCCUCCAUCAUCAUUCGAAGGAAGGAGUCAAAGGCGGAGGAGCUUCAGGAAGCGAGGGAGGAGCUGGCUGCAGCAGAAAGGGAUGUGAGGCAGAGGAGCAGCCAGGCUCAAGCCUCAGAUGGUGGAGAGGUCAUCAGGGGGGAUGAGCUGAAACGUCUGGUGGUGAAGUUACGCAGCAAGGGAACAGUAUACAAGAAGCAACGCCAGGAAAUUGCUGAGCUGAAAGCCGAAUAUGGAGUCCUGCAACGAACAGAGGAGAUUCUCAAGCAGAGACAUGAGACCGUCCAACAGAAACUGCAAACUGUGGAAGCUGAGAAGGGCAUCUCCGGCUACAGCAACACUCAGGAGGAACUGGAGAGGGUGUCGGCCAUCAAGAGCGAGCUGGACGAGAAGAAGGGACGAACACUGGAUGACAUGUCUGAAAUGGUGAAGAAAUUAAACUCUAUGAUAGUGGAGAAGAAGUCAGCUCUAGCACCCAUUAUAAAAGAACUGAGGUCCCUGAGGCAGCGGUGUCAGGAAAUAAGUCAGGAGUAUGAGGAAAAGAAGGCGCAGUAUGAAAGUUGUACUGCUGGUUUGGAGAGCAACAGAUCUAAAUUGGAGCAGGAGGUGAAAGCAUUGAUCGGGGAGACAGCACAGGAGGAAAACCGCUAUCAUUAUAUCAACUGCAUGUCUGAGAUCACUGAGAUGCAAAUACAGCGGGCAGCUGAGGAAAUGAAGGCCUAUGUGUCCUCUGAUCCACAAGAGAGGAAGAAGGCCAUCAGGGAAGUGUACAUGAAGAACAUUUCGGAGCAGGAGUUACUUGGCAAGAAGUUACGUGAGAAGCAGAAGUUGGUGAGGGAGAGCCACAGCGACAACAUGGAGCAGAUGACGAUGUGGCGUGACCUGGAGCAGCUGAUGGAGUGCAAGAGGCAGUGCUUCAUAAGAGCCCAGAGCCAGGCAUCUAUUGGUCAGGUGAUCCAGGAGGGAGGAGGGGACCGGCUGGUGCUGUGAGGACUCGGUCGACUGCAGGUCACCUACAGUACACAGACUACACAGUUCAACUUAAUAUCCUAUUAUCGGGGACUAUAGCACAAGGUUUGUUUCACUGUUCAUGGGGUUUAUCUUUCUCCUACAUCUUGUCUGUUACACACCACCAGCUGAGCAUCAAGGUUAUCUUGUGUUCUCGCCACACCGCUCCUUUGAGAAUCGACAACAUGAAGACCACAUGUAUCGGGAGGUGUUGCAGGACUCUGGUUUUCACCUUUAUUUUGGCCCCUGAAGACUCCAUUUUGCCAUAUCUUUUAAGAAUACUCUUUCAACCAGUGUCCAAAGAUAACAGCAUACAAAGUGGUGCACUCGGGAUGUCGCCGCGGUCAUCUAUAUUUGGCAUCGACCACCAUGACCUUGGACGUGGUGUCUUGCCAACUUUGGAAUUCACUGGGACCUCCGUUGCUUUGGACAGCGCAGAUGAAAUGAUCCCUAUUUCUCUGCUUUUUGAUUUAGAUUAUAACAAAAAAAUGUUUUCUAUAUCAUUAUUUCAAGAUAACCAUCUAUGUUCAAGACAUAUACGAUAGUU